AUGGGGACGGGGUGGCGGAGGGCGCUGUGCACGUCCGUCCAGCGGGACGACGACCGCGACCGCGACGCCAAGAACAAGAAGCGCCGGCCGCAGCACGACGCGCCCAGCCCACGCAGCACCAGCGGCGGCGGCUUCUUCUCCGCCGUCAAGAGCGCGGCCACCGGUGGCAGCAGCAGCAACCCGUCGACGCCGACCCUCCGCUGCCGCACCAGGCCGCUGCAGCAGCCGGCGGACCCCGCCCCCGUGACGCCGCCGCCCUCCGCGCCGGCGCCCGCGCGGAAGCACCGCGUGCCCCUCUUCCAGGCGCUGUCGGCGCCGGCCUCGCCCAGAUCCCCCUCCAGAUUCGCGCUGCUCAAGGCAUCGCUGCUCCCGUCCAAGUCCCGGUGCGGCGUGUGCUCGCGCGGCGUCAAGAGCGGCGGCAGCUCGGCUGUGUUCACGGCCGAGUGCUCCCACGCCUUCCACUUCCCCUGCAUCGCCGCCCACGCGCGCUCCUCCUCCGCCAACGGCGUCCUGUCCUGCCCCGUCUGCGCCUCGCCGUGGCGCCAGGCGCCCUUCCUCGCCUCCCUCCGCCUCCAUUGCUCCUUCCACGACGACGCGCAGAGCAAGCACCGGGGCGGUGGCGGCGACGGCCGCAAGACGCCGCCGCCCGCCUCCGCCGGUGGUGGCCCCAAGCUGUACGACGACGACGAGCCCCUGCUGGCGCCCAAGGCCGCGGCCAACGGCGGCGGCUUCAACCCGAUCCCGGAGGCCGACGAGGACGACGACGAGGAGCAGGGCGCCGCCGAGUUCAGGGGCUUCUUCCCGCGGCCCAGGACCACCUCGGGUCUCGCCGUCACCGUGGCGCCCGAGGCCGCGCUCGUGUCAUCGGGUCGGCGCCACGGCAAGUACGUGGUGGCCGUCAAGGUCAAGGCGCCCGGGCUGCGCUCCUCGUCGGCGGCCCCGCGGCGCGCGCCCAUCGACCUGGUCACCGUGCUGGACGUCAGCCAGGGCAUGAUGGGCGAGAAGCUGCAGAUGCUCAAGCGCGGGAUGCGCCUCGUCGUCGCCUCCCUCGGCCCCGCCGACCGCCUCUCCAUCGUCGCGUUCUCCGGCGCCGCCAAGCGCCUGCUGCCGCUGCGCCGGAUGACCAGGACGGGCCAGCGGUCGGCGCGGCAGAUCGUCGACCGCCUCGUCGUCUGCGCCGCCGCCGCGACCACGGCCACGCAGGGGCAGGAGCAGGGGCAGCAGAGCGCGUGUGUGGGCGACGCGCUGCGCAAGGCCACCAAGGUGCUCGAGGACCGACGCGACCGCAACCCGGUGGCCACCGUCAUGCUGCUCUCCGACACCCAGCAGCAGCAGCAGGCGCCGCCGGCGGCGACAGCGGAAAAUUCGACAAGGAAGCAGUUUGGGCGGCCAGCCGUGGCCCCAGCAACGCGCUUCACCCACGUGGAGAUCCCCAUCGGCCCCGGCGACGCGCCUCCUCUCGUGUCCGAGUCCGAGGAGAAGGAGUCGGCGGAGCCUCCCGUGGAGCACGCGUUCGCCAAGUGCCUGGGCGGGCUGGUGAGCGUGGUGAUGCAGGAGGUGCACCUGGAACUGGCGUUCCCGACGGGGGAGAUCACGGCGGUGUACUCGUGCGGGACCGGGCAGCAGGCCGUGGCGGUCUCCGGCGGCGGCGGCGCGGGGGUGAGCGUGCGGCUGGGCGAGAUGUACGCGGAGGAAGAGCGCGAGCUGCUGGUGGAGGUGCGCGCGCCGCUGGGCAGCCACCCGCACUCGCUGUCGGUGCGGUGCAGCUACCGCGACCCGGCGUCGCAGGAGACGGUCCGCGGCGCGGAGCAGCCGCUGCUGCUGCCCCCGCUCCAGGGAGAGCGGGCGUCGUCGUCGUCGUCCCGGCGGCUGCACGACCUGUUCGUGGCGACGCGUGCCGUGGCGGAGUCGCGGCGGCUGGCGGAGCUGCAGGACCUGGCGACGGCGAUCCACCUGCUGUCGUCGGCGCGGGCGCUGGUGCUGCAGUCGCCGCCGACGCAGCAGCAGCAGGAGCUGGUGGGCAACCUGGACACGGAGCUGAGCGACAUGCGGUGGCGGCGUGUCAACCAGCAUCAGUACCAGCAGCAGGAGCCGCUGACGCCGACGUCGAGGAGCGGCAGGAGGAGGGGAGAUGGUGACACGACACCGCCCGUGGGGACCCCACGCGGAUCAGCCGGUCCUCCUGUCGGGGCCGGCGAGCCACUGACGCCUACGUCAGCGUGGCGCGCGGCGGAGCAGCUGGCCAAGGUGGCCAUCAUGCGCAAGUCCAUGAACCGGGUCAGCGACCUGCACGGCUUCGAGAACGCGCGCUUCUGA